UCUCUCAAUAACUCUCUCUCUCGUUCUCUCUGGUUCUCUGCCAAAAAGCACGAAGAAACGCUUCUCUUUUUGCUAUCAACCUGAACAGAACCCCACAUCACUUAUCAUUUCCAUGGCGGCUGCUGCUAAUACAAUUUCUAAUUCCGGUAAUUGGUCUAAAACCCAAUUCCCCCACACAAUUCUUUCUUGUUCUCUGCUGGAUUUGGGCUCCAUAUCCUUCGCCAAGAUUAAGCCCAAUAGUAAAAGAACCAAAAUUCACUGCGCUCUAAACUCUCCCUCUGUUCUUCAUUUCCCUGAACAGUCCUAUCAAGCAACAGUAAUUCCCAAAGAUGACUCCUUUCUCGUUGGAAAACGCAAAACCGGUCACCUUCAGCUCCCACAGUGGAACCUCUUGCAAAGAGCAGCUGCUGUUGCUUUAGACAUGGUAGAAGGUGCCUUGGUCUCUCAUGAGCGCCAACAACAACUGCCCAAAACUGCUGAUCCGCGUGUCCAAAUUUCUGGAAACUAUGCUCCUGUACCUGAACAGCCCGUCCGGAACGAGCUUCCGGUCACCGGAACCAUCCCUGAAUGCAUUAAUGGUGUCUACGUGAGAAACGGUGCCAACCCACUUUUUGAGCCUGUCGCCGGUCACCACUUAUUUGACGGAGAUGGUAUGGUCCACGCUGUGACCAUUGAUAAGGGCAAUGCAAGCUAUGCUUGUCGUUUCACUGAAACAGAAAGGCUGAAACAAGAGAGAAAAUUGGGUAGGCCAGUGUUUCCUAAAGCAAUUGGCGAACUUCAUGGCCACUCUGGUAUAGCAAGAUUACUCCUUUUCUAUGCAAGAGGAUUAUGUGGGCUUGUUGAUCACACCAACGGAACUGGAGUGGCUAACGCCGGGCUUGUCUACUUCAAUGACAGUCUUCUUGCCAUGUCUGAGGACGACGUUCCUUACCAAGUGCGUAUUACUUCUAACGGCGAUCUUGAAACUGUCGGGCGAUACAAUUUCAAUGGCCAACUUGAGCACGCAAUGAUUGCGCACCCAAAGAUUGAUCCAGUUUCUAAAGAGCUAUUUGCUCUUAGCUACGACGUCGUUCAAAAGCCGUACCUAAAGUACUUCAGAUUCUUUCCCGACGGGACAAAAUCACCGGACGUCGAUAUCCCUCUUCCCGUGCCAACAAUGAUGCAUGAUUUCGCUAUCACUGAGAAUUUCGUGGUGAUACCUGACCAACAAGUUGUUUUCAAGCUUGAAGAAAUGAUAAGAGGGGGCUCUCCUGUUAUUUAUGACAAGGACAAGAAGUCUCGGUUUGGGAUUCUUGCAAAGAAUGCUGGUGAUGCUAAGGAUAUUAUCUGGGUGGAAUCGCCGGACACUUUCUGCUUCCAUUUAUGGAAUGCAUGGGAGGAGCCGGAAUCCGAUGAAGUAGUAGUGAUUGGAUCUUGCAUGACUCCCCCAGACUCCAUCUUCAACGAAUGCGACGAGAGUUUAAAGAGUGUAUUAUCAGAAAUCAGGCUCAACCUAAAGACAGGCAAGUCCACGCGCCGCCCAAUAAUUGAAGAAUCAAACCAAGUGAAUUUAGAGGCCGGGAUGGUGAACCGGAACAGGCUUGGGAGAAAAACUCAGUAUGCUUACUUAGCCAUUGUUGAUCCCUGGCCCAAGGUGUCUGGUUUUGCCAAAGUUGAUCUUUUUACGGGGGAGGUAAAGAAGCAUAUAUAUGGCGAUAAAAAAUAUGGUGGAGAGCCAUUUUUUCUGCCAAGGGACACAAAUAGCGAAGCAGAAGAUGACGGCUAUAUACUUGCUUUUGUUCAUGACGAGAAGAAAUGGCAAUCAGAGCUUCAAAUAGUGAAUGCCAUUAACUUACAAUUAGAGGCUACGAUUCAGCUGCCAUCCAGGGUUCCAUACGGCUUUCAUGGCACAUUCAUUGAUUCAAACGAUCUGGUGAAUCAAGCCUAGUCUUUUUUUUUUUUUUUUUUCUUGUGCCUGAAAUUACCCAAGAAGGAGAUUUAUUUCACCGGUGGGAUGAUGGUUGUGUCCCCGGAAUCUCCUGGACAUUAAAAACCCUAACAACCGUUUUGUUUCUGUUAGGCUUAUAGAGUUGUUUUUUUCUGUUCUUUUCUUAGUUUUAUUACAAAGGAACCAACUUGUAGCUUUUGGACAGUAGUUGAAUUGAAGCUCAGCUGGUUUCUGCUUCUGCUUCUGGUUCGUUUCAUUUGUCAGUGUUUGGUUCUCUGUAAAAAAUUUUACAGUUUACUCUUUUUCAA